AUGUUACAUAUUGAAGAAAUACCUACCUACCUCAUUUGUGUGCCAAUAUUUCAACAUUCUGACCUUAUGAUUCAAAUUUUUGUUUUUAAGUAGGUACCUACUAAGUUUAAGUGGCAAGUGAUAAGAUAUUUAGAGUAAGUAUCGGACUGAUUGGGAAAAAGUAACAGAGACGGUUGUAUCAAAUAUUUGAUUAGGCACAUAGUGUAGGUAUUAGGAAAAAUAAGAUAGGUAGGUGCGCCGGGUUAUCUAAAAUAUGGUUUAUAAGAAGGACGAACAGGGCAACAAGUUUAUACGCUAUUAUUAAUUAUAAAAGUAGUAGAACCAACGUUACACAAGAUGGACAGAGUUCUUUUGCUUCUGUUUACUGUUGUGGUCUUGGCAAAUGCAGGAGAACAUAAAAAAAUAAGAGUGUACUUUAAGCAGUGCGAAAAAAUAGACGACGAAUGUAUACGAAUAAACGCACAAAAAGUUGUUGACCUUAUACCCAUUGAUAAACCCCUGGAAGUAGACGAAUGGACUAUUAAACCUACCAAGAUUCUGAACUAUGAGCAACAUUACAAGAACAUAAAAAUGUAUAACCAUCAUCAAGGGAAAGUUGCCAAAGCACAUUUGGACGCAAAUGAAGCCGAAUCCACGUGGAAGUUGGAAAUGGACGUUUAUGUUCCGGAGGUUGUACUUUCUGGGGACUAUGAGUUUAAACCUGGCAGUACAUUAUAUGGCGUGGACGUUGCAAGUAAAGGAAAAGUAUCGUACUUCCACAGGGGAUACAACGUUACAUUGACGCUGUCCGGAACAGUUACAUUUGAAGAUAAAGCUAAGUUCACCGCAACCGAUAGCAAACUUUUAAUGUCUGCAGACGCAAUGGCGUUCGACUUUAAAACAGGAGAUCCGAAAGUGGAUGAAAGAAUUACUGCCGUUUAUAGAGACAAUUUUCAUGCUAUCUUCGAGGAUGCAGGUGAUCAAUACGCCGAAAUGUACGCAAAAGUUUAUCAAGACAUAGCGAACGACCUCAUUUUUGAUAAGGAAGCAAACUGAACUAACCUGCUACUAUAUCAGUUAAUAUUGUACAUGUUAAACAAAUUAAUAAAGCAACCACAUGGAUUAUAAUUUA